UGUUGCCUUUCUCGGCAAAUGCCGAUUUCCCGGGUGGAAGCUGCUUGCUCGCUGUUGACAACAACGAGUACACAUCCAUCCAAAAAUCCUCGUAAAAUCAAAGGUAAGCGUCAUUUCAGACAUUAAAAGAUUCAGGACACGUUACUCGUGUGGAAUCCAGAAUCUUUGGAUGGAUUAGCAAUGAUCAUUUCAGAUGUACUUGAACAAGCGCUGACGUGUCCCUUAGAUGUCUGCUACCAUCGAGGAACUCCCUUCAGACCACUCUGACCACGAGGAGGACCCCACCUCUCAGGCUGCCCUCGACAAAAUUCAGUCUCGUUCCGAGCGAAAGGCCCGGAAGGCUCUCCUUGGUUUGGGUUUGAAGAAGGUCUCCAACAUCACCCGCGUGACUCUCCGCAGACCCAAGAACGUGUUGUUCGUUCUCUCUUCCCCCGAUGUUUACAAGUCACAAAACAGCGACUGCUACAUCGUGUUCGGUGAAGCGAAGAUUGAGGACAUGAACUCGCAAGCUCAGAUGUCUGCUGCUCAGCAACUUGCUUCUGGCGCCGGUGCAGGUCCAGGUGUCAUGAACCUUGAAACCUCUGGUGCAGGCGGUGAGGACAUCGAGUUAGUUAUGGCACAAGUCAACUGCUCGAGGGCUAAGGCCGUCAGAGUGUUGAAAGAGAGCGGAGGAGAUCUGAUUAAUGCUAUUAUGGCAGCAAGCGAGUGAUCUUCUGUCUUGCUCAGUGCUCUGGUCUCUUGCCACUGUAUCAUAUCACUACUUUGCUCGCGCAAGUAAUUCACAUUAGGUACUUCCACAAACGGUGAUAAG